AUGCCGUCAAAUCAACUAUCGCGCAUGCGCCAACUGCCUUCGAGCAUUCGGCAGCUCAUUGUUCGACACGCAGGAUGCACAACGUUUCCAGUCGUUACCACGAGACAGCUUUCACAUGCAGCACCUCGUCCUCAACUCGGUGCUCUGGCAAAUGCACAUCUCUCACGGCAGCAGCGGAGCAUCACCAUCCAACAACUAGAUACUGGACGGGACAACCGAGAAAGAGUAGUAAUCUUGGGGAGCGGCUGGGCCGGGUUCACAGUUGCGAGACAGCUCGACAACAAAAAAUACCAGACAGUAGUAGUGUCGCCAAGGUCCUACUUCGCAUUCACUCCAUUGCUCGCCUCGACAGCAGUCGGGACUCUCGAAUUUCGGACAGCACUCGAGCCGGUCAGGAGCCGGCGCACCAAGGUUGAAUUCGUCCAAGGAUGGGGCGAUGACGUGGAUUUUAAAAACAAGACGCUCACCGUUGAGCAGGCAGUAGACGACCCGACGCAGGGACUAGCACUGACUCAAGAUCGCCAUGCGGGGGAGACGCAAGAGCAGCGGGCCUUGGAAAAAAAGUCAGAUGUUGAGAAAGGCAGGACUUUUGAUCUAACAUACGACAAGCUUAUCGUCACGGUCGGCUGCUAUAGCCAGACUUUUGGAACGCCGGGUGUCAAAGAGCAUGCCUUUUUCCUGAAAGACGUUGGUGAUGCACGUAAGAUCAGGAACCGACUGCUGGCAUGUUUCGAAGCAGCAGCACUGCCAACUACUCCCGACGAAAUGAAGAAGCAGCUACUGAACUUCGCAGUGGUCGGAGGCGGGCCAACAGGAAUCGAGUUCAGUGCCGAGUUGCACGAUCUCAUCAACGAGGAUCUGGCCAAGAUCUACCCGGAGUUGAUCAAAUACCACAAGAUUACCGUCUAUGACGUCGCAGCGAAGGUCUUGCCCAUGUUCGAUGAGAAGCUGGCAGGCUACGCCAUGGACAAGUUCAAGCGCGAAGGUAUCGACAUCAAGACCAAACAUCACGUCGAGGAGCUGAGCCUGGGUUCUCCGUUCGAACGAAACAAUUUGAGCUCGGAGAAGGAUCACAGAAUGUUCACACUGAAGAUCAAAGAGGAAGGUGAGAUUGGUGUGGGUAUGUGUGUCUGGAGUACCGGACUAAUGCAGAACCCCUUCGUGCACCAUGCCCUCAGCAACGUCCGCGCAGUCCCUGAUAACCUCCGACUCGUCGAGUCAGCCGGUGACCCCAGCUUCGCCAAGGAUAUUGCAUGGAAGGUCAAGAAGGACGAACGAUCUGGAUCUAUCCUUACCGACGACCGCCUCCGUCUCAAGGUCGUUCCACAGGGCAAGAACGACAAGCACGUGGUAGCAGUCGUCGACGACGUAUACGUCCUAGGAGACUGCGGUAUCAUCGAAGGGACAAGCUACCCUGCGACGGCGCAGGUUGCUUCGCAGAAGGGUCUCUGGCUGGCCAAAAGACUCAACAAGCAGGAUCUGGACAAGGCCGGCUUCAAGUUCAAGGAUCUGGGCACACUGGCCUACAUUGGCAAUUGGGAUGCACUUUUCCAAGGAGGCAAGUGGGGCAGACUACAAGGCUACAUCGCGUGGGCCAUCUGGCGCGGCGCCUACUUGACCAGAACAGUCAGCUGGAGGAACAAGAUUCUGGUACCGGUAUACUGGGCUGUCAAUUGGCUGUUUGGCCGCGACAUCAGUCGUUUUUGA